CUGGUGUUACUGGUGUUACUGGUGUCCCUGUACUGGGGGGUCCCGGGGGUCUCCACUUAUGGAUUCCGCAAUUGUAUCCAAUCCCCUUGGAACCCCCAAAUUUUUCGCUGUGUCCAACGUUUCCUGGAUUCGGUGCCGGCGGCGGUCGAAGAUCUACCAGAAAUCACCACAUCCCUCAACUUAUCUCACAACCUUCUCCGGCGGUUGUCCCCCUCCUCCUUCUCCAACCUCCCCCUCCUCAAGACCCUCGACUUGACCUACAACCACUUGGUCAUGGUCAUGAGGAGAAGUUUCACCGGGUUAAAUUCAUUAAUUCAUUUAGAUUUAGCUCAUAACCGGUUGGUUGAGUUGGUUGAAGGUUCUUUCCAUGGGUUGACCAACUUGACGUGGUUACGGUUGGAUCAUAACCCAUUGGUCAACUUGGCUCCUAAUGUCUUCCAACCGUUGGUCAACCUCUCUUGGUUGUCUCUUCGUGGUGGUCGGUUGGUUACCAUCACGCCGGUAACCGUGGCGAUCGGGGGUUUACCGCGCUUACGGCAUCUGGAUCUUUGCGGUAACAACUUGUCGGCGUUGGGACCUGGAGGAACGUUACCACCCAAGCUCUUCACCCUACGGUUGUGUAACAACUCGUUGGAAGAGUUGGCCAACGUGAGUCAAGGCUUUGUAGCCAAUUUAAGGACUCUUGAUCUUUCUUAUAACAACAUCUCAUCACCGACGGCGUUGGCUCAACUCAACCUACGUCAUCUCAAACAUCUCCAGUUGGCUGGGAACCCCUUAGAUGUCUUCCAACUCUUGGAGAUAUCAGAUCUACCAGCCAAGAGUUUGGAUUUCACUGGGUUAGCGUUGAGUUUUGGUGGUGGAAGUGGUGGAAUCGGUGAAGUUUGUCGUCGUUUAAAAGUGGAGAAGUUACAUCGGUUGAAUUUACGCCGUAACGGUCUCAAGAUGUUACCGGAUGGUGCUUUGGUUGAUUGUCCAUCCAUUGAGAUGUUGGAUUUAACCGGGAAUCGUUUGAGAUGGUUGAGAUGUAUUGGGAGUUUAUUAGGAGAAAGACAACGUUUGGAGUUGAAGAUCUUGGUGGUCGAACACAACUUACUCCGUCGUCCCCCAACUUGUCACCGGUUCAAUCCGGUUUUACCUCAAUUACUCAACAUCUCGCUCCGGUUUAACCGCAUCUUGACGGUAGGACCACGAGCUUUCGCCCACACGCCUGGUUUGAAGACCUUGAGGUUGGAUGUCAACGGCUUGGCCAGGUUGGAUCGUGAAGCUUUGGUGGAUCUAAGAGACUUGGAGGUGUUAAGGUUGGAUAAUAAUUUAUUGACCGAUCUCUACCCAGGUUCCUUCAGCCAAUUAAAUCGAUUAAUUACCCUCAACCUUCGUAACAACCGCGUGGCCGUUCUCUUCCCAGGUGCCUUCACCGGGUUGAAGAGUCUCCAGACGUUGGAUUUGGGUGGGAAUAAUUUGAGAUACCUACAAGGAGAAGCUUUGAAAGGAUUGGCAAGAUUAAAACAUCUUUAUUUAGAUCGGAAUCGAUUACAAGAGAUCAACGAUGAGUCCUUCCACCACGUUCAAUCAACCUUGGGCGUCUUGGAUCUCCGAGCCAACUCGUUGCGUUAUCUCAGCCGACGACCUCGUCGAUGUCCACCUUUCCAUCAUCUCCAUGGUCUUUAUGACUUAAAACUUCAAGCUCAACAACCUUAUGGAUUAAAAGUGAUCCCUCAAGGGUUUUUUCAAGGUUUAAGGUCUCUCCGUUCUCUUUAUCUCUCCCAAAAUGGUCUCACCACCAUCCCGGCCGACGUCUUCGAUGACUUGGUGGAGUUGAGAUACUUGACGUUGGCCGAUAACGGUGGUGGGAUGGGGAAUCUCCCAGCCGGGGUCUUCAAGAACUUGAUGAAACUAAAGAGUUUGGAUUUGGAAAAUGUUGGGUUGAGAAGUUUAAAGGGGGAAGUUUUGGGGAAUUUGAGUCGUUUGGAAUGGUUACAGUUGGCCAAAAAUGAGUUGAGGACGGUGGAGAGAAGGUUGGGUGAAGAUCUACCAAGUUUGAGGUAUUUAGAUCUUCGGAAAUGUCCCCUGAGUUGUUCUUGUGAGAAUUCUUGGUUGCCAGGUUGGUUGGAUCGAGCGCCGAUGCAAGUGGUUUAUCUCUACAACUAUAGUUGUGGUGAUGCUGGUGGCUCAACAACUUACCUCCAUGACUUUGACACCAGAGUUUGUUUCUUGGACGUGGGUUUUUACCUCUUCACCAUCACGACGCCGUUGGCGUUGACCUUGUUGACGUUGCCCUUGUUGCAUCACCGAGGUUCAUGGUGGUUGAAGUAUCGUUGGUUCCUCUUGAGAGCUUGGCUCAAAGCGGGUCGAAGACGAGAAGAAGGUCAAUACAUCUACGAUGGGUUCCUCUCUUAUAACUCAGCCGAUGAGAGAUGGGUACUGGGUAAACUGGUGCCUGAACUGGAACAAACUGGAGUGAAACUUUGCGUCCAUCAAAGAGAUUUCCAAGCGGGAAGGAGUUUGGUGGAUAAUAUCGUGGAAGGGAUUGAGAAGAGCAGGAAAACCCUUUGCGUGGUGAGUGGGAAUUAUCUGAGGAGCGAAUGGUGUCGCUUUGAGAUCCACGUGGCCACCGAGAGACUUUUCCGGGAAUUCCGAGAUGUUUUGGUUUUAAUUUAUUUGGAAAAAAUUCCGGAAAGUCAAUUGGAAAUUUAUCAUGGGAUGGGGAGGGUCUUACGGCAAAGGAACCAUCUCCGGUGGCCACAAGAACCGGCGGCGCAAAGACUCUUCUGGGCUAAGCUGGAGAGGGCGCUGAGGAGCGGGGAGGAAGAGGAAGAGGAAGUGGAGAAGGAAGUGGAACAAGAGGAGGAAGAGGAGGAGGAAGAGGAAGGAGGCUACAGGAUUAAGAUGCCGUAG